CUUGCUCUGACGGCGAAAUUGCAUAUUUCUGACGUCAUGGCUCAGUAGCGCACGACGGUUUACCCCUCAGGGAGGAAGGGAACGCGAUGAUGUCUGGUGUCCCUAUUAUAUUUGCCUCUAGCCCAGUGGCCGGCUGCGGAGACGAUCUCAACGCUCGACAACGUUCACCGUAUUCCUCGUCAUGGCCGAGUCAAAGAAUCCAAACCGUGAACGCGGCCUCAAGGCCGCCAUCCACAACCCCCGCGUGUCAGAGGAAGCCAAGCAGCAUGACCGCGAGCUUCUGGCCAGCGAGUUUGGCGAAGAGGAGGAGCAGACGCAGCCGGAGGAGCAGCCCAAGCGGCGCUCGUCGGCCAGCAAGAAGAGCUCUUCAACCGGUCCCCACUCGCACCCGGCCGAGGCAAAAGCUCCGCAGGGCCCUUCGGCCGCUGAACAGACUGAGCAGCCCACUGGCAGGAAGGCCCGGCGGGCGUCGAGCGCGGACACUAGCGGUCUGCAGCAGAUGGGCGAGACGAAAGACCGCGGCAAUGUAAUUCGUGGACUGAAGGCUGCAAUCAAGAACCCGAACGUUUCGGAGAAAGCCAAGGAGGCCGACCGCAAAAAGCUGGAAGAGCUGGGAGAGACGGUCGAGUAAGUGGCAGGUUUAUCACCGUGAUGGCGUUCCGCUAGUAGUGUUCAUCUUUCUGUUCCGAGAAUCAAAAUUGAAGCCACCUAUCCCUCAGUCCUGCCUCAAAUUAUC